AUGAAGAUGACGGCUAAGAUGCGCCGUAACCUCCCAAGGACGCUCCUUUUUGGGGCUCUUCUUUUGUUGCUGGUCCCGGUCAGUGAGGCGAUUUGGCUUGAGGUGCCUCCUACCGGAACAAAGUGUGUAUCCGAAGAAAUCCAGAGCAAUGUCGUCGUUUUGGCCGAUUACCUCAUCAUCUCCGAGGAUCAUUCCGUCUUGCCCACUAUCUCCGUCAAGGUGACAUCCCCAUUCGGCAACAAUCUGCACCACGUGGAAAACGUGACGCAUGGACAAUUUGCAUUUACAACUCAAGAAUCCGGGAACUACAUGGCGUGCUUUUGGGCAGAUGCAAAGAGCCACGGAAACAAAAACGUCAGCAUCAACAUAGACUGGAAAACUGGGAUCGCUGCUAAGGAUUGGGACUCUAUUGCUAAGAAAGAGAAGAUCCAUGGAGUGGAGCUGGAGAUCAGGAAACUUGAAGGCGCCGUCGAAGCCAUCCAUGAAAAUCUCAUCUACCUAAGAAACAGAGAAGCAGAUAUGAGGACAGUGAGUGAGAAAACGAACUCGCGGGUAGCUUGGUACAGUAUAAUGUCGCUGGGUAUUUGCAUUGCUGUUUCUGGUUUACAGGUCGUCUACUUGAAGCAGUACUUUGAGAAGAAGAAGCUUAUAUAG